GGUGUCUGCAAUGAAACGGACAGGGAAGAUGUGGAUCGCAAUUUUGACAGCAUUGUGGUAUGCAAAAUGAGUGGCGGCCAAUGUGUUGGACAAUCGUAUACACGGCGUUGGUGCAAGGACAAUGUCUUUAACUCUACAACGUCCAAGUUGAUUGUCAAGACAAAACACAUUGGACUACCUAUUGUAUUAACUUCGGUGUCAGAGGUGGAUCCAAUGUGCACCGGCAACUAAAUGGACAGUGC